AUUUAAUCGAAGACUGCAAUUGCAUUACAAAUACCUUACCAAUCCUUUCUUCGUCUCUCUCUUUUUCUGUGUCUCUGAGUGAAAAGAUUGGAAGUCCUUAGAAAUGGGUUUCAACUUUGUUUACCGAUGCUUGCAGGAGGUAUUUCCAAAGGUUGAUUCUCGCUUGCUGAGGGCUGUUGCUAUUGAACAUCCCAAGGAUGCUGAUCAAGCUGUGGAUGUUGUUCUUAAGGAGAUCAUCCCUUAUUUGUCCGGUCAGUCCACCAGUCCUACUAUUUUUACCGAGGAUAAUGAAGUUGAAUCUGAGGAGCAGAUGGACUUGUUGAGCCAGCAGCAGGUCAUUGAAAAACCAGACGUGGGACCUUCUUCAGAACCACUUCCAAUAGAUGGUGAGGCUGCCAAGGAGACAGAUCAUACAGGCAGUGUCCUUCAUGCUGAUGCAACACCUCUGGUUGAGGCGCUGAAUGAAUCUUUGGUUUCAGAUUUCUAUGAUGCGAAUGACGGUAAUGAUCAAUCAUGUGUAUAUACAGAAAACGAGGAAGUGAUUUUAUUGGGGAAGGCUCAAGAAAACAGUGCCAAAGUGGGGUUGAAUCAGAUUGUCCCUGCGACAUCAAAUGAUCAGAAGCAAAUUUGUGAAAAUACCAAAAGUGAAGAAUUGAUUUCUUGGGGAACUUCUAAAGUUGGGCCAGAGCUGACCCCCCCUGCCAUGACAACCUCUUCAGUAAAUGAAUGGCAAGAAGAUCUGGAAAAUGAUUGGAAAGAUUUUGACUUUCCUAUGGCUGAUAACUUUGAUGCGGACCAUGCGGUUAUUCAUGGAGAAAGCCACAAUGCAGAAUCGUGUUCUGAUAGCACUGAGGUGAGAAAUGUUGUGGCUCAAUUGGUUCUCCUAUCUGUUGAAGGGCAUACUCCAGUGGCUGGUGGCUCUUCAGAUAUUACUCUGAAGCAAGACUCUUCUGUUAGCGAAAUGAGUGAUCUUGAAGAUGAGCCUAAAAGGGACACCAUGGUUACCCAUUCUGGCAAAGUAUGUAAAAUUGAUCUUCUUGAAGAGAUUAUUGAAGAUGCCAAGAAUAACAAGAAAACCUUAUUUUUGGCUAUGGAGAGAGUGAUCAACAUGAUGAGAGAAGUGGAACUUCAGGAGAAAGCUGCUGAACAAGCUAAAGAGGAAGCUUCUAGGGGAGAGUUGAAUAUUCUGAUCAAGGUGGAAGAAAUGAAACAGAUGUUGGCACAUGCAAAGGAAGCAAAUAACAUGCAUGCGGGAGAAGUGUAUGGAGAGAAGGCAAUUUUAGCAACUGAAGUGAGGGAGCUUCAGUCUCGCCUGCUCAGCGUGUCUGAUGAAAGGGAUAAAUCCCUUGCAAUUCUUGAUGAGAUGCACCAAAUUCUAGAAGCACGACUAGCCAUAGCAGAAGAGUUGAGGAAAGCAGCUGAGCAGGAAAGGCUAGAAAAAGAAGAGUCUGCACGAAAUGCUUUUGCUGAACAAGAAGCUAUUAUGGAGAAGGUAAUUCAGGAGUCAAAGAUGCUAGAACAGGAGGCAGAGGAGAAUUCCAAGUUACGGGAGUUUCUGAUGGACCGAGGUCGCACUGUUGAUAUUUUGCAAGGAGAAAUUUCUGUUAUUUGUCAGGACGUGAGGCUGUUGAAAGAGAAGUUUGAUGACCGUGUCCCAUUAAGCAAAUCCGUUUCUUCGAGCCAGACUAGUUGCAUCUUAGCUACUACAUCUGGAUCAUCCUUGAAAAGCAUGGCAUCUGAUUUGGUUCCUGGGCGCAGCUUAGCUUCUUCAGGCUCAUCCCUCACUAGUGCGGUACCUGAGCAAGGGGAGUCAUCUGAGACCCCAAAGAAGACGAGUCCAACAUCCUCUGUUCACAGCCCAUCACUGGGAAGCGGAGAUAAAGAGGAAGCAGCCAGAGCUGUUAAAGCGCUUUUGGAUGAAGGGUGGGAUUUCUUUGACCAAGAUGCAGAAUUGGACAACUGAGGUGCAUCAUAUAUUGUCAAUACAAACAAAAUAAAACUCAUGAGCCUUCUUUACAAGUUUUAUUUGUAGUGGUCAGCUGUCUACCUUUUUUCAAUUUCGUUUCCCAAUUAGGAUUUUCAUCUUAGUACUGUGGAUUAUAUAUAGUAUAUUGGUGGCUGAUUACUACUUCCUGAUUUUGUUUGUACAGUGCAAAUGAAAAAAAGAAGAAGCAAUAAAUGGAAAAUUCUAUCAGUCUUAAGAUCUC